AUGUGCAGAGAGCAUUACUGUCGAGCAGAAGAGAAGGAAGUUCUUUCUGGAGUUGUGGUCAUAACAAGCAAGGACACUGUCCAGCACCAAGGCAUCUCGUUAACAAUGGAAGGAUCAGUAAAUCUGCAGCUUAGUGCCAAAAGUGUGGGUGUGUUUGAAGCUUUCUAUAACUCUGUCAAGCCUAUUCAAAUUAUUAACAGCACUAUUGAAAUGAUAAAACCAGGGAAACUUCCCAGUGGCAAGACAGAAAUACCAUUUGAAUUUCCAUUGCAUAUGAAGGGGAACAAAGUUCUCUAUGAGACAUAUCAUGGUGUCUUUGUUAAUAUUCAGUAUACCCUACGGUGUGAUAUGCGACGUCCUCUGCUGGCAAAAGACCUAACUAAGACUUGUGAAUUCAUUGUCCACUCACUGUCACAGAAAGGGAAACUGACGCCAAGCCCGGUAGACUUCACAAUUACUCCUGAAACUUUGCAAAAUGUUAAAGAGAGAGCCUCGCUUCCAAAAUUCCUCAUCAGAGGUCAUCUCAGUUCUACAAACUGCAUCAUUACACAGCCCCUAACAGGGGAGCUCGUGGUGGAGAACGCAGAGGCUGCAGUCAAAAGCAUUGAGCUGCAGUUAGUACGCGUGGAGACCUGCGGGUGCGCGGAAGGUUACGCCAGAGAUGCUACAGAGAUACAGAACAUUCAGAUUGCUGACGGGGAUGUCUGCAGGGGCCUACCCAUUCCUAUAUACAUGGUGUUUCCCAGGUUGUUCACCUGCCCUACCCUGGAAACAACAAACUUCAAAGUUGAGUUCGAAGUUAACAUUGUUGUCGUUCUGCAUGAUGAUCAUCUCAUCACAGAGAACUUCCCACUCAAGCUCUGCAGGAUGUAAAUAGCCAGAGGAGAAUCAUUUGAGGAUUUACUGAAAAAGGACAAAAUUCUUCAGCAGCAAAGUGAAAUCUU